AUGGGCCCCAGUACCGCCUCCUCAUGCUGCUGCCAGGCCCGUAAUCUGCCAUGGGCCCCAGUACCGCCUCCUCAUGCUGCUGCCAGGCCCGUAAUCUGCCAUGGGCCCCUGUACCGCCUCCUAAUGCUGCUGCCAGGUCCAGAGUGUCUCAUGGGUCCCUGUACGGCCUCCCAUUGCUGCUGUCUCCAUCGCCACACUCUGCCAUGUGCCACUUUCAGGUCUCCUCACACUGCUGGUGGGUUCCAUUUUUGUCAUAGGGUGCUGUAUGGCCUCCCAUUGCUGCUGCCUCCACCGCCACACUGUGGCUCCACACUCUGGUUUUGGCCCGUGACUGCCCAAAUGAGUGAAGUGUGCGGUGAUUCUAAGAUCGACGGCACUCAUCUGCAUGUCAUACUGACUGACAGUAUUAUUUCUCUUCCCCAGCAGACUCCAAGGGCAUUUAAAUUAAAGGUACAGUGUUCUGCACUAAUAUAA